UCCUCUCUGAGGAGGUUCUUUGCCGAACAAACGGAGGCACACCAGACAUCCAAAAUGGCGCCUGCGGCCCUCACACGCGGCAGCCAGCCUCCCAGCCCAGCUCCAUCAGAGGGCUCAGGGGACGAAUCCGACAUCAGGGCGCUACUCACACGGCUGCCCUCGAAGAAAGACCUCACAGAUAU